UCGGCUGCCGGGCGGGCGACUCGCACCACUCGGUGCCGGCUUAUGGUGAGGGCGGCGCCCGGCGUUCCGGAGAGGCCGGAAUAGGGGACGGCCCUGGUGGCACCCGCAGUCAUGGUGGUGUUCCUGGGCCGCCGCCUCCCGGUGCUCCUCGGGCUCUUUAAGAAGAAGGGCUCUGCCAAGGCUGAGAGUGACAAACGUCUAAGUGUAGGGCCUGGCCAGGGGCCAGGGUCUGUAGUGGAUGAGCACCAGGACAAUGUCUUCUUCCCCAGCGGGCGGCCACCUCACCUGGAAGAGCUGCACACACAGGCCCAGGAGGGGCUCCGUUCCCUACAGCACCAAGAAAAACAGAAACUGAAUAAGGGUGGCUGGGACCAUGGAGACACCCAGAGCAUCCAGUCUUCCCGGAUGGGGCCGGAUGAAGAUAGCAUCUCCUUCUGCAGCCAGACCACAUCCUACACGGCUGAGAGCUCCACAGCAGAGGAUGCUCUCUCCAUCCGCUCAGAGAUGAUCCAGCGCAAAGACCCACAGAAAGAGCUGGUCUGACCAUCAGGCACCUCGCUGGCACUGCUGACCCAUCCCAGGAACACAAUCUCAGGGACCUGAGCAGCUCCAAGGACGAGAGGAUACAGCAGACCUAGUAGAGAGGACGCCUGCAGCCUUAACCUUCACAGCCUUCGAUAUUUAUGCAAGCCUGGUGGUGAUCCUGUCCUCCAAGUCAUCCAGCUCAUGCCUCUUCCCCCUGAAUGGAUUCCCCUCAGGCCGCUUGUCUUGGCCUUGGCCUCAUGUUGAAGGAGGAGGCUGGUGGGAGCGGGUGGCUGCGCCCCCUGCUGGCCUCGAGGC